AUGCCUAGUAGAAGACAACGGCGCCCAGCUGCCUACUUGUCAACAGUUAAGCAAAAGGAGGAUGAGAAUUUAAAGACCUACUUGGCCCGUUUCAAUAGAGAAUGCUUAACAACGAAUGACCAAGAUGAGAAGAUCACUCUGGCCACCCUUUUAGAAGGGAUAUGGCCGCGUAGUCCUUUUAUGGCAGAAUUGGCCUGGAGGACUCCUUCCGCCCUCAGGGAGUUCAUAGACAGGGUGGACAAUUUUGUUAAUACAGAAGAUACUCUGCAAGCUUUGGUGGACCCCUAUAAAGAAGAUACCCAGGUUAAGCGGAGAAACAGGCGGGUUGAUAAGAAGGGUAAUCCAAGUAGGCGAGAAAGAGCGAGGGAAAGGCGGUUAGAUCGCAACCUCAGACUGUUGCACAAUAAUCUGGGUGUACAGGAAGGAGAGAGAGAAAGGGAAAGCCAUCGUCCUAUCAAAACGAGCAGUCGGUACUGUAAGUAUCAUCAGACAAGCUCGCACUGGACUGAGGACUGCACGACCAUGAGAAAGAGAGUUGCGGAGUUAGCAGGAACUGGCGAGUUGGAGCGAAUGGUUGCAUAA